AGACACCAAAGCAACUCCCAAAUAGUCCCAAUUGACUGUCUCUGCCCAUCCUCGUCUGCUCUCUCUCUUCGAAGAAACAAUGACCAGUUCAUCUGCCCCUUCUCGCAAGGUGUUAAGCAAGAUCGCCUGCAAUCGCCUCCAGAAAGAGCUGGUGGAAUGGCAGGUCAACCCUCCUGCGGGAUUCAAGCAUAAAGUCACAGAUAAUCUACAGAGAUGGGUGAUCGAAGUCAACGGAGCUCCGGGAACUCUGUACGCCAACGAAUCGUACCAGCUUCAAGUGGAUUUUCCCGAGAAUUACCCCAUGGAAGCACCGCAGGUUGUUUUUGUCCCGCCAGCUCCUCUGCAUCCUCACAUAUACAGCAAUGGGCAUAUCUGUUUAGAUAUUCUAUAUGAUUCAUGGUCCCCAGCCAUGACAGUUAGUUCAAUCUGUAUCAGCAUACUCUCCAUGUUAUCGAGCUCAACUGUGAAGCAACGCCCUGCAGAUAAUGACCGCUAUGUGAAAAAUUGUCGGAAUGGCAGAUCUCCCAAGGAGACUAGAUGGUGGUUCCAUGAUGAUAAAGUGUAAUAGAAGAAUGAGCAAUUUAUCCAAAGAUUGGAAACAUGAUGUCAUGGGCUGAGAAUGGACAAAAACCGUUUCCCUUUUUUCUUUUUUUCUUUUUUUCUUUUUUUCCCCCAUGAAGAAAUGUAGGACCCAAGAAGAAGAAGAAGAAGAAGAAGAGAGAAUUCCCAAUUUGAAUGCCUGCCAAAAAGUUUGGGUAGGGAUUGUUGCUAUAAGGCAUAAGCAUUCAUGUAAAGCAGUAAUAGUUGUGCUAUAGGGAAUGUGUAAACCAGAUCCAACUGGCCUUUCAUGUUACUCUUGAGUAAGCUAUAACAUGUGCACUCUUUAAGUUUUCAUGCUUAUGAAUCAUGUUAGGUGGUGAAAAUUUUCAUUUCU